CGGGGGUGCGCCGACGACGGGGGUAUCGCGCGAGCGCGUGCUGACGUAAGGGGCCGGCCGGCGGGACCUGGCCGAGGCUGAACCGGAGCUCGUUCCUGGCCUGAGGAGGAUCCGCGACAACAUGAAGAUCUGGACCUCGGAGCAUGUCUUCAACCACCCUUGGGAAACGGUUUUCAAAGCUGCCAUGCAGAAGUACCCCAAUCCCAUGAAUCCGUGUGUUGUAGGAGUAGAUGUAUUAGAUCGACGUGUUGAUGACCAAGGCAAGUUACAUAGUCAGAGGCUGCUCAGUACGGAAUGGGGUCUACCAUCUGUUGUUAAAUCACUCAUUGGUGCAUCGAGGACACGGACAUACGUACACGAACACUCUGUUGUGGAUCCUGUGAAACGGACCAUGGAGCUGAGAUCUGCAAAUAUAACAUUAACAAAUCUAGUAUCGGUGGAUGAACGAUUGGAGUAUAAACCCCAUCCACAGGACCCAGAAAAAACAAUCCUUACCCAAGAAGCUAUUAUCAGUGUGAAGGGGGUCAGUCUCAGCAGCUAUAUGGAAGGAAUAAUGGCAAACAGCAUCUCUGCUAAUGCAAAUAAAGGCCGAGAAGCAAUGGAGUGGGUAAUCCGCAGGCUAAAUGCUGAAAUUGAAGAGUUGGCGGCAUCUGCAAGAGGAAGUAUUAAAAUGCCGAUGGCUGCAACAUCAGUGGAGUAAUGAAGAGUUGUUAAGAAAUGUGUUGCUGGCCUCUGAGCUACUUAGCGAAUUGCUUCCCACUGUGCAUUUCAUUUUCCUUGUUCACCAGGGCUUCAUGUUGAAGACGUAUAUAGCAAAAUGAACCUACUUAAUACUUGCUCUAUUUCAGUAGCACACUGUAUACAGUUGUCUGCUGACUGUAGCUGUGCCCCUGCUAUACAGUGUGUUUUUUUUGUUUUGAUGAGUAUCUUGGAAUAGAUGCACAGAGGGAAGUAAUGGCGUCAAUAUUUAUUACUAGGUAUAUUGUCUUGUCAGAAUUGAGAGAUGGCAAAGUUGGCAGUGGAGGAGCUUAUGAUCUCCAAUUUGGUGGCCCAUAUACUUGCAGAGGUUAAAAAUGAAAACAUGUUUGAAACACUUACGUGAAUUGAUCAGAAAGCAGUACUCUCUCUGGUGAAUCACUUGACAAAGAUCCUGUCUGUUGUCUGGACUCUGUUAACUGGUCUGAGAACUUGAAAAAAGUUGUAUGCUUUAACCUCCUGUAACAAUUGUUAGUUCCAAACAUCAAGUAUUACAGCAUGAGUAUUUUUAAAUUUCAAUACUAAAAUUAAGAAGUUAAACUUUUAGAACUUGGAUUUAGUUCUCAGUCAUGCAAAGCAAUAUUCUUAAAUAAAUGGGCGUUUAUCACAUAAAAUUGUACAGAAUUUAUGGAGCUAGUAUGUUUAUAUUUGAAGUCUUCAGGUUAAGAGAAGUCUGUAGCAGAAAACUAACAUUAUGGCUAUCAUCUCAAAAAAAAAAUUGCAGUUGUACAUUUUAUAUGAAUGUUCCUGUGAAUUUCUGGGUAACUAGAUUUUGGUAAUCUGUUUGUUCCAUUAACAUUUACAAUUUAACCUAGAAUGAAUUAUCCAACAAAUUUGCCAAGGAUUUUCUAUGUUGGGUCAAUAUUCCUAAAGCACUGAAACAUAACUGAAAGUUUUGUGUACCUUGUAGAACUUGGUUGUAGUGCUUUUUAAAAGAGAAGCCAUAAGAUUGUUCUGCCUUAAUUAUUUUUCAUCAUUACAGGAAUGUCCUCUGAUCCAACAGUGAAUUAGCACAAGUAAAUGCCCUUACCUCAGUCAUAUUAGUUUCUGAAUUUAUCAACGUUACACUGAAACCUUGUGAUCACCCUUGCAUAUCAUGGCUACCUAAGUAACUAGACUUAGGCCUCUGUCUUCUGACCCUAAGAACCAGUGUUGGUUUUGGCUAUUGAUCUUAUACCUAGGAUGCUCCUGUAGACCGUAGGGAAACAAUACUUUUGUAGCUGCACACUAAUAUCUCACAAACAUUAUCAAAUGAGAAUUCUUGUGCUAGGCUUUCUGAAGUGAAGACUCUUCCUUCUGGUAAGAGACACUCGACAUAUUCUGGAGCUGGGCUGCACUCUGUGGUCUCUUUUACUCGAAGUUGCUUUUAAGAUUUUUGAAGCACUUGAAAGUGUACAGAAUUUGAAUUUCAUUGUGUUUUUGCGGGGUUCUCGUUACAAAACAGUUUCCUGUUCUGAAUGUAAAGUGAUUACUGUAACCUGCAGAGUUGUUGAUUAAAGUGUCAGUUUGGCAGCAAUCCUGCCUCAGGAUCAGAAGGCAGCUGGCACAAGCCACACUAAAAUAUUGAACACAGCACAACAGCAACACAGCACUCAGUAAUGCUACUCUUCACAUGAGAGUUAAUUGAACGUGAAAGACCCUGAGUCAGUAUUUGACAUAGGGAGAUUUUCCACUGCUUUGGCUAACAUUCCUCCUUCAGUGCCAUCAAGGAUGUAUUAACUCAUCACUUGUGGGACCUUGCUGUAUUUGAAACUACUGUACGUUUCCCUAUACAAGUCACUCAAUGGUAUUUCAUUAAAGAUGAGGAGCUUUAAGAAG